CAGAACACAAAAUGUUUUCAGGACUGAACUUGUGAACGUUGAACAUGCUUAAGAAGGAGCGACGUGAAGCAGAAAUAUCAAGACAUCUGAUGAUUCCUGGGUAGCUGUUGACAACAUGGAAAUAUUGUGACUUUUCUUUUUCUUUUUUUCUUUUUUGCCAGAGGAAUGAAUGACAUUAUCGCUUUUGUUAAAUUGAAGGGUGACAUGAGCCGGCCUGGAAUGGUCUCGUUUUCACACAGCUGUUGUCAGUAGUGGGAACCUUAAUAGAUAGCACUUUUUAGACACACCAGACUGCAGUCAUGUCAAACUCUCAGGAGCAGAGCCUUGAUGAGAAUGCAGUGUUCCUUCCAGUCAAUGAGUCCUCCCCAGAGUUCAUCUACUGUGAGAAGGAGCGACAAGCGGUGGAGACACUCCUGAAUUCAGGACCAGAGGCGUUCUACAGCUCCAGUGGCGCAGAGCACCCCGGCAGCUUCUUGUCUUCUGAAGAGGUCAGCCAGAUAACCAGCUGGGCUCAGGACUAUCGCUCUAACCAGCUGCAGGUACAGCGGGAGGAGAAUGGAGUGGAAGGCAGCUCAGAGAUGGAGGACUUCUGUUCCACCUAUUUCCCUUGCCACUCAGACACACCAACCCCAGACCUAGACCUUGGCUGGCCUGAAAAAGGCCCCUGGGUUCCAAAGGGAAGCGUAACAGUCCACACCAGUCCCCCAGCUGAAGGAGAACCUCCUGUCAGAGAGAUAAUACGACGGCACUUACAAAAGGCCAGGAAAGUAAUUGCCAUUGUGACAGACAGACUGACAGAUGGUGCGAUAAUUGGCGAUUUACACUAUGCUGCCUCCCAUGGUGUCGCUGUCUACAUCAUCCUGAACCAAAGAUCCAUUCAGGAGAAUUUCACUCUCAACAGGCUCAGGCAUCCGAACAUGCGGGUCCGUGUUCUUGGAGGGAAAACCUUCUGUUCGAGGACGGGAAGAACGGUGGUCGGGGAAAUGAAAGACAAGUUCCUUCUAGUGGAUUUAGAGACAGUGAUUCAUGGCAGCUAUAGCCUCACAUGGACGGACGCCCACCUGCACCGGCAGCUGAUCACUGUUCUUCGCGGAACAGUUGUUGACUCAUUUGAUACGGAGUUCAGGAUCCUUUUUGCUGCUUCGCUCCCAGUCCCAGACACAUGGAGGGUUGCAGGUACCCACGUAGAAGUGACUCAUCAGCUGAAAGACUUCUCAGGUCUCCGGUUCCAAAAACAACUCUCUUUGGAGCUUGAGGUUUUCAGCCCCCCGUCUCCACCUGCUGAUUCCCUCCUGGACUGGGAAGCCAUGGGUGUUGUCCAGAGAGACAACUGUUUCAGUCCUCUUAAUCAACAUGGGGAAAUGCCACUGAAGAAUAACAUACUGUUUGAUAAAAAAGUAGCCAUUAUGGACACUUUUGCUGACAAUGGAAACCAAUUUGUGAAUAAAAAAAGGGUAUAUGAAAACACCUCUCCAGUGACAAACCAUGUGCCAGAUAAAUCUACAACCUUCAACAAGACACAGCCCUUACCAAAACACCAGACAGCUCCAGAAAUAAUGAAGAGGGUGGAAUACAUAUUAGAAAAGACAAUGUCCAGGCAACUCUCCACAGAGAGGAGCACCAAUUUUGAUGAAAGAACAACAUCAAGACUUGACAAUAAAACAGCAGAAGCAACAUACAAUUUGGUCAGUCCUUCUAAUACAAAGACAAGAGAGCAAUUAAGGAGGGAGUCCAUCUUGGAGGAGAAGAGCAGCAUGGAUAAAACUAGCUCCAAAGUGGAGAACACACCCUCUUCUAGAAAACCUAUAAUCCUGAGGGUGCCACAGUCUGAGAGCUUCAGCUCUGUGAGUGACAUCAUGAAGAGGAUUCAGUCUCAGCAGAGCACAUCAAGACCGACCAAGAAAGGAUCAAAUGCCGCCAUGUCAGAAGUUAGCCAGUCCAUGAUGGACCUGAGCAUAUACAACACAGAUACAAGUGAUGACAGAGUCCCAGUGCCAAGGUUUAAAGCCAGUUGCUUUGACCCGGGUCAGAUGACGCCUGCUGUUGCUCUGAUGAAGAAUAGGAACAAUGAACAAUCUUUAUUCAACAGAACUCCAAAAAACCUUCUGCCCCAAGACAGGCCCCGCAGUUCCAGUUAUGGUCUCAGGUUGGACUGGAGGAGGUCGCUGACAGAGAGAGAAGGGGAACAAUAAUGAAGAGCGAGGACAAAAAUACAUGAGCAGGAUCUUCUGUAACAACAUGGCAGCUGCCAGCAGUGGACCUUUGCAGUGUUAAUUACCCCAAAUAAUCCAAAAACAGACAGUGACUCUGAUAAUAAAACCAUUGUUAAUAUGCAGGAUGUAUAAGUUUUAUCUCUUGGUGCAAUGUCCCACUGAAUCUGAUGACUAGAUCUUUCACUGAAUGCUGUAUAUAGUGCUUUACUUUAUGUUUAAAUAAAUAAAAUCUAUGCUGCUAAUAGUGUACAGCUGUUUUAACCACUGAACAGUACUCACAAAGUCAGUUGCAUAUGUGCUACCAAGAAGAAAUUUACUGACUUUUUAAAUGUAUCUUUGAACUGAUCUGCAGGGUUUGGG